GAAAGGUAAGACAGUGGCUCUCUGUGCUUCCUGUGGACUAGCCUGCCGCAUUUACAGUAGCAUUUGUUGGCUGGAUGUAGUGUCGGUGCCGACAGUGCCUUUGUAUUUGACGCUUUUGGAUUGUGUGCCGUGUCACUGAAGCCCCGGGCACUUCGCUACACAUCUGACAAGAUGGCAGGAGGAAUCUUUAACAACUUGGAUAACCUGUUUAAUGUGGAUUGCACCACUGUCCACCCGCUGGUGUGUCACCUGUGCAACGAGCAGUACCAGUCCCCGUGUUUGUUGGACUGCUACCACAUCUUCUGUGCCCGCUGCCUGCGAGGCCGGACCAAUGACAGCCGUCUCAGCUGCCCCCUCUGUGGUUACCCAUCCAUAUUAAAAGGGAACAGCUCCCUCCCUCCAGAAGACCGUCUGCUCAAGUUCCUGGUUGACAACAAUGCGGACACUGAGGAGACGGUGCAGUGUGCCAACUGUGACCAGGAAAGUAGCAAAAAGGAUGCAGGGGGGAUGUACUACUGUAAUACUUGCAGCCAGCCACUUUGCAGCGCCUGCAGGGAGCUGACUCACAAGGCCAGAAUGUUUUCCCACCAUGAGAUUGUGUCCCUGGCCAAACGCUCCAGAGCCAAACACAGGAAGUGCUCGCUCCACGAGGAGCCCUACAUCCUGUUCUCAACAGAGAAGACGUCUAUGCUUUGCAUCAAGUGCUUCAGAGACAUGCAAGUGGAGAGUCGGACUCACUGCAUUGAUAUUGAAACCGCUUACAUGCAGGGGUGUGAGAUGCUGGACCAAGCUGUGCUGGUGGUGAAGGAGCUGCAGACUUCGGCGAGAGAGGCCAUCGUUCUGCUGAGAGCAAUGAUUGGAGAAGUGUGUCUGAAUGUGGAGGAAGAAGAGAGUGCGAUCUGUACCCUGUUCAACAGCUUGCAGGAAAAACUAGCAGAGAGGAAGAAGAUUCUGCUGAAAGCAGCCCAGAGUCAACACGAGGAGAAGGAGAAAGCACUGAAGGAGCAGCUCUCACACCUUACUGCGCUCCUACCAACCCUCCAGGUGCACCUCGUCACCUGUUCGGCCUUCCUCAGCUCAGCCAACAAGUUUGAGUUUUUGGACAUGGGCUACCAACUCAUGGAGAGGCUGAAGAGGAUUGUAAAGCUCCCUCACCGUCUGAGACCAGCGCAGAGCAGCAAAAUCAACACAGACUACAGAAGUGAGUUUGCUCGCUGUCUGGAGCCCUUACUGCUGCUCGCUCAACGCUGCCCUCCUUCUGUUGUCGGAUCUAUAAGCGUUGCAGCAAGGCACCAGUCCCCUCUCUCCAUGUCUUGCCGCUCCCCGUCUCUCAGUGAGAUGCCCCUGGGCUCGGUGUGCGGUCGAAGGCCCACUUGUCACCGCAACAUCUGCACCAAGGUCCUCCUGGCUGAGGGGCGGGAAACACCCUUCACCGAGCACUGCCGCAACUAUGAGAACACCUACAGGACUCUCCAGACGGAGAUUCAGAAUCUGAAGGACCAGGUCCAGGAGCUGCACCGAGAUCUGACCAAGCACCACUCCAUCAUCAACACAGAUAAAAUGGGCGAGAUCAUGGACAGAUCGCUGCACAUCGACAGCCAGAUAGGUUCCCAGCACUCCACCGUGGAGACUAUGAGAGUCAUGUUUGAAGAGAUCUGGGAUGAGACUUUUCAGAGGGUCACCAAUGAGCAGGAGAUCUAUGAAGCCCAGCUUCACGACCUGAUGCAGCUGAAGCAGGAGAACUCUUACCUGACCACAAUCACCAGACAGAUCAGCCCCUACAUCCUGUCCAUCGCCAAAGUCAAAGAGAGACUUGAGCCCAGGUUUCAGGAACCUAAAGAGCACCAUGACGACCGCACAGACACAAUGCUGAAAAUCUAUGAAGACGGCACAGUGGCUAAAGACAGUCAAGACAGUGACAACCGGACCGGUGUGGCAGACCCAGACAGACACAAGAACAACCGCCCGCUGAUCCUGGAGUCGGGGGACGGCUCUGUCAAGACCGGUCGUCCGGUCAGGCCGAGGGUUCCCACGGAGACGUCCAGCCACAAUGAGACGCCUUCAUAAACACCAUGUCAUCUGGUGUCUGUGCUCCCCCCCGCAGCGCUGGGCCUCUAUUCAACCAGAACAAGGCCAGGACGGCGUGUGACUUCCUCUGCUGUGCGGAGGCUCUGCGUAGCAAUUCCUCAGCAGUUUCUCAGCUCCAAGGUGAAACCUUGGCUAGACACCAGCGUGGAGGUGAAAGACUGUCAGAGCUGGACGUGGACAAAGAUAACAAAGAAUUACUUUGGUGUUAUUUACUGUAUAAGAGCCGUGGACUUGUAGCAGCUUCAAUGAGAAAACAGAGUGAAUAUCCUGCCUUUUGUUGCUCUGUUUGUGCUUUGGCUGUUAAAAUGAUAAGGAAGCCGAGAGUGUGAAUUAUCGCUCUGUCCUUUUUUUCUUUCAGUGUGUGUGGAAUUGCUUUUUUGCAGAAUCUAUUCUUUGCAUAAAACAUUUCUUUUGGGAGGGGGGGGGGGGAAGGGGAGGAGGGGCUGAGGGGUUGAGGCUGAUGAUGGAUGGCUGCCCAGGUCCGAUUCCCCACAAGAUUGUUGAACCGGUGUGACAGCACAGAUGGAACACAGCAAAUGCAAUGAUGUGUGUGUCAUUCUGGGUGUCGGUGUAGGUCACAUGUUGACGUGUGUGUCCUCCAAAGUGAGGCAGUUAUUUCCAGGAUGGUGUCUGCAGUGGGGUUUCUCUUUUUUCCCAGCAGUUUCAACAUCUACAUGCAAGAAGUGGAAAAGCUAGAAUUACAGAGGUGUGUGAAUGUAACUGGCCUGGCCUUAACCUCGAUCUCCUGCUGUUUUUUUUUUUUUUUUUUUUUUUUUUUUACACACUCGUCCGCGAUAUUCCAGCCGAGCAAAGCGCUGUCUAGAAAUAUAUUCCUCUUAGUUUGCCUCUGGACUACCUCAGUGUCAGCAGCGUCCUUUAAUGCAUUUGCCCUGCAGGAAAUCGGCAGGUAUCUUUCCUUUUCUCUUUUUUUCCCUUCUCCUUUCCCUCCCAUGUAUUUUCUUUUGAGUUAUCAUGUUGGUAUUUUAAUCAUGUUAAAACUCUAAAAGUAGUGGAACAUAAAGGCGUUCACCUUAUCCCUGCAGAGGCAGGGGGAUCUAGAGGACCAGAAUAAUUUGAAUUUGAAGUGAUUUCAGGAGAAAGUGUUGCCGACCCUAAAAGCUCUUUCUAUCUUUCUAUCUUUUUUUCGCCAAGAAAAACAACAUCUUUAAGCAACACAGAGCUUAGCACACAGGAGCGAAUCAAGGUGAAACCUCCCCACCUGCUAGCAGAGACGGCCCUUUAUUCUCGGCACAGGUGAGGAUGAUAAUGAGGCGCUAGACUGAUGGCUCCGGCACUCAGAAGGAGAAGGUUAUUUACAUUUACACAGUAAAGUGGGUUUGUUCAGAGCCAGCGCUUCGGAGGAAAUAUUGGGGUCAUGCUGGCCUUAAGGAAC